UAUACUCCCGCUAGUGAAUCUGCUAUGGCGCAAGCAGGCCUUUUGAAAUGGGCCAACGACAUCCGGCACUCGAUGGCAAAUGAUCCAGGGAGGCAAUUCUUUCGCGACCAGAUACAAAUGCAUGGCUUUCUCUUUCUCGACGAUUACCUAGACAAUAUUUUGGCUGGUGCCCGACAAGAUGCUCUCAUCGACCUCGUGAAGACUCCAAGUCGGAAAAAGGCGAUAACCAAGCAACCCAGGACCGCCUCGAAACUGAAGAAUGUCGUAGCUGUAUUAUUCAACGAUGAUGGCAAUAAGGAAAACACGUUACCUGUAAAUUCUUUCCACCAGACACUCUUACAGGCGAAGAUCAAGAGUCCUGAACGCUGUAGCAACGAGAGCAUCCCUCCGCGUCCUCCUUUGGGAUCUCAUUCCACGCACGUUGAAUCCAAUAUCUGGCUCUCAGCAGAAGCCGCAGCUCCACCUAAUGUGGCAGUCCAAGAAAUUUCAUCGACGAAUACUUUCCAAGGUUACCCGGCAGAAGCUGUCCUGUCUGUCCCCUCUAUGUCGGACCAGAACGAAUUAUCUGUUAUCGCAGAAGAUGACGAGCCUACAGAGAGAUCUCGCUCCUCAGUACGCAUCAUCGAAGAGCACGCCACUGUUACCAAACCAGAGCCGGCGGGCGUCGAGAUUAAUGCAUACUUAUCCCAUACAUCGCAUAAUACGUCUCAGACUGGGUCGACAUCUGCAUCAGCCGACACCUUCCAUUCCAUCAUCCUUGAUUCCCCUUCUCUCGUGCCCCAUUCUUGUCCUAUAGAAGAUAUUCCUCCGUUGUCCCACCUUUCUUCGCCAUCACCACCAUCGCCUGUCAUGGACCUUCCCGUUCCGUCAGCAUUUGAAUCGGUGAAUAAACAGCCCUAUCCCCCUACUGCAGGCAUUGUCAAUGAAUCCUACGUUGAAUCAGAUAAACCUGACUUCAACCAGGGUGGGACUGACAAAGAUGCACCUUCUGCUGAAGCACCACAGCAACAGUCUACAGUGCCACAAUUCCCAAUUUUACCCGCGCCUAUACCUCUUCACAAGUCUCUACGUGGUCCGGAACAGCCACCUGUCGUGAAUCCCAUCACUCCUAGAGCUGCGCUUGGUAGCAAACGUACAUCUUGGCUGAAGAAAGCGCGAGAGGCCAAAGCAUUAGACGUUGGAGGAAGGAAGACAAGUAUUGUUGCACUCACCGGUACUGGGGUUCAUAGUACUCUCAAGAGGAAAAGCAGCGACUUCUUUUCAGGGGGAAUCAUGCUUGAGCCGGGCGACGACAAGCAUAAGGUCGCCAAAAGCACUGGGACAGAUAUUGCUCCCCUCCAACUCAGAAAGGACUUCUUAGAUGACAAUGUCUCAGAGCAUCUUGCGUUGGUGCAGACUCCCGAAGACGCUUCGUUAGGCAAGCCAGAUGAUAUGUUAGGUCAGUUCAAGAAGACAGUGGAAGGUUUCAGGACAAGAGUUGGACAAAGUAAUGGGAAGUCUCUGGGGGGCGCUGCUGCUGCCACUUUAGCAGAGGCUAGGGCUGCGGCUGAAGCACGAGUUGUCGAAAGGAACUCUCAGCACGAAGAUGACACCCAAGCCCUUGCAUUGGUUGCAACGAAAGAUCCUUCUUCGCAUGUACAAGGUUCUUCGACGUCGGCUCCGGUGGAAAUACCCCCUUCGGUGAUUGAACGCAUGUCAUCAACCAGAAGCGAAGAGCGUCUGAGCCUUUCUGAGUUGGUUGUUGCGUCUGAAAAGACUAUGUUUUUCAAAGACAAGCAAUACGCUAGUGUAUUUCAGCCGCCAUCAGCCGCAGCCCUAUCUGCUCAUACUAUCUAUGAAUCCAGUGGCGCGCCUUCUUCGUCGGCCUCCACGACAAAUCCUCCUCUUUCUGUAUUCAACAAGGCCCAGCCUGUGUUCCGACCGCCAUCUCCGAAGCCCAUCUUCAAUGCUCCACCAUCUGGUGUUAAAUCCACAGCAUUUUCGACGCCGGCUUCGAUAUCGGUGGGCUUGGCUCCCCGUCUACCAUCACCACCUGCCACGCACAAGGUCAAUCCGUUAUCGGCACAGUCCACUUUGGAAAGCUUAGCAUCUGCUGUCUUCGACAGUCAGAAUGAUGAAGCUACCUGGCUGCCUUCGACCCAAGAUACCGAAUAUGACAAUGAUUUCGGCCCUCCAUUUCAGAAACAUACCGAAGUGUUGGACGAAGACGAUAGCUGGCCUAUGGAUGAAAAGCUUGCUGAGGGUGUGGAAUGGACGUUCGGAAUUCCCUUUGACCGUGAAGACAGUUUGACUUGGAGUAGCGCCCCCACACAGAGCCAGAAACUCGAACAGCUAGAGCAUGAACCUGAGGAUGUUCCUCCAUCUGCAGUGUCAUACGACACAUACAAUCGACCUCCGGACGAACGUGAGGCACCUGAAGCCUUCCGUAUGGAAACUGGGAACUACGAUGAACAUGACGAAGCCGCCAUGGAAGAGGAAUCUGACACUGAUCCUAGCAAAAUGACUGUUAGCUUGGUCGGCCCUGAAAGGAGCCAGAGUCAAUUAUCUCUGGCCUCAUCCGUUUCCUCGCAAUCCCACGUUGGCUUCUUGGGACAAGCCUCGAAACUGAUGAGUAGUGUUUUGGGCACCGGAAAAAAACCUAAACCGGAAGUGAAGAGUCUGCAGCGUGCGGCCACGGCCGCCAAGAGGGAGCAGGAGGAGAAGGACAAGAAAGCCACAAUGCUGAAAAACAUGGAAACCCGACGGCAACUUGUGUUGCAGAAGAAAGUAGAAGAAGAGAAAGCCAGGGCCACUGAGCAAGAGAAAAAGCUCAAGGAAGAAGCGGAACGUCGGAAACGAGAGCGGGAAGAACACACGGACAAGCGGCUACUCAAACCAGCUGUCAAAAAGGAUGAGGACACGACCAAGAAACGGAAAUUAGCAAUGGAAAGCGAAAAGAAAUCGGAAAUGAAGAAACCCACACUGAAAGUCAACUCCAAUGUGCCCGGAAAUUCAAAGUCGGUUUUUAAACUGGCGCCCAAACCAGUCCUAGCUGCGGAAGGGAAGGGCAAGCUUGUUUCCAAAUUCAAAGCACAGACACCGUCGCAGGCGCCGAUGCUGGACGACGUGUCGCAACCUUCUCAGCUAUUACAAUCACAGAUGGCUGCUCGGGCGAAGGCGCAGAUCGAGGCAGCGACUGUUCCCAGCGAGAGUAUUGAGUUACCUGAUGUUCCUAGCGAGUAUUCUGAUUCGGAUGAUGAAGAGAGAAAGAUCAAGGCGCGCGAACUUCCUCUUUGGGCACAGUCGCCUGAACUGCGGCAAGCCCUAGAAAAUCAGGCGACCAUCAAUCCUGAUGAUAUCUUCGGCCCUGUACCAGUUCUGCGAAUGGAAGAAGUCUUCCGGACCAGAACGAGUCGUUUUAGGGCUAGGACUAGCUCAGCGAAUUGGGUGGGUACUGAUCGGCUGACCCAGGAGGAGCAAACGGACUAUGUGAGGAGAAUGGGAUACAAGUCAUAAGAUAGAUGUCGACUUUUUCUAUUUCUAUUUUAUUUCGUGUCGGUUGCGCAUAGCAUUUUUUUCGAGAUCUUCGUUCAUGUAGCAUUCUAUCUCCAACAUUUUGUAUAGUCUAUCGACGAUGGACCGUUCUGUCGAGGACCGUGCAUUACGGCAUCUUGAUUCGCCGGAUCGGUCUCCUGUCACGAUGUCACAAGCAUCAC